UCUACAAAGAUGGUGUGAGUGGCUGUCAGGUAGAGAGUGCCCACCCUACUUCUCCUGGGGGAGAUUUUGUCAAGCAGCAAGACAUUUUCCACCUGGAAAAAGCAACACAACAACAACACCUGAACAGCCAAAUCCUACAGGAAAUGAUCGGAGCCUCUGACGCAGCUGGAGUCCGUACUGAAGUGUUAAUGAUACAAACUACUGUCAAAAGCUUAACUGCUGCUUCGUGUGGAAGACGUUGGGGAGAAACACAACAAGGCUUCAGAGAGCAUUUUCUUUUCCCCUUCAAAACAUAGACCUGUCAGAUCUUCCAGUGUCAACAGCUUGUGUCAACAUGUUGGAGCAGGUUCUGUCAUUCGGGCGCUCCCUGGUACGCAGGAAAGUGGUUGACCUGAGCUCUUUGGAGGACUCAAAGCUGUGCCGCUGCUUGGGAACCAUUGACCUCAUUGCCCUGGGAGUUGGCAGUACUCUGGGGGCUGGGGUCUAUGUCUUAGCUGGUGAGGUGGCCAAGGGUGACUCAGGCCCCAGCAUUGUCAUCUCCUUCUUAAUUGCUGCUCUAGCCUCAGUCAUGGCGGGCCUGUGUUAUGCUGAGUUUGGGGCACGAGUCCCCAAGACUGGCUCUGCUUACCUUUACAGCUACGUGACUGUGGGAGAGAUCUGGGCCUUUAUCACUGGCUGGAACCUCAUCCUCUCUUAUGUGAUUGGUACCUCCUCAGUUGCCAGAGCUUGGAGUGGCACAUUUGAUGAAAUGAUAGGAGGACACAUAGAGGUAUUCUGUAAAACCUACUUCAGCAUGAACUCUCCUGGCUUGGCUCAGUACCCUGACUUCUUUGCUGUCUGCCUGAUACUGCUACUCUCUGGACUCCUGUCAUUUGGGGUGAAGGAGUCAGCCUGGGUCAAUAAAGUCUUCACUUCCAUCAACGUGCUGGUUCUCUUGUUCGUCAUCAUUUCUGGUUUUGUUAAGGGUGACACAAACAACUGGCAGAUUACUGAGGAAUCCUUAAUAAACGUCACUAUCGUUACCAGGAAUCUUUCAGUGACAGCCAAUGUGAGCAGUGAUUAUGGAGCAGGAGGAUUUAUGCCCUACGGCUUCAGUGGAACCUUGGCUGGAGCUGCCACCUGCUUUUAUGCUUUUGUUGGGUUUGACUGCAUUGCGACAACAGGUGAGGAGGUUAAAAACCCUCAGAGAGCCAUUCCCAUUGGAAUCGUGGUGUCCCUGACUGUGUGCUUCCUGGCAUACUUUGGUGUGUCAGCUGCACUUACACUUAUGAUGCCAUACUACUUGCUGGAUGAGAAGAGCCCUCUGCCCAUGGCCUUUGAAUAUGUAGGCUGGAGUCCGGCAAAAUAUGUAGUUGCUGCAGGUUCACUGUGUGCCCUCUCUACCAGUCUGCUGGGUUCCAUUUUCCCCAUGCCUCGUGUAAUCUAUGCUAUGGCAGAGGAUGGGGUGCUUUUCAAAGCCUUAGCCCGAAUCAAUCCUAAGACGAAGACCCCGCUUAUUGCCACUAUGACCUCCGGUGUAGUCGCAGCCAUCAUGGCCUUCCUGUUUGACCUUAAAGCGCUGGUUGACAUGAUGUCUAUUGGGACUCUGCUGGCCUACUCAUUGGUUGCAGUGUGUGUCUUGAUUCUGAGAUAUCAGCCUGAUGGAGCACUGGAAAGGCAAGCUCCCACUGGGGAGAAAGACUUCCUGACCUCUGAGGAGGGUGAAUCUGACCUGACCGAAUCAGAGUCCCACCUUAACAUGCUGAAAGGUGGCAGCUCCACCCUGCAGACCGUCCUGCACCCUCCUGCCUCCCCCUCUGAGCAUUCAUCCAGUGUGGUCAACAUGUCUAUCUGUGUGCUAGUGCUGCUGGUGUGUGUGGUCAGCUAUCUCACCACGUAUCAUAUCAGCUCCAUUGUUGGCAUGGAAGUUUGGAUCCUGGUGUUGAUGUCCAUGUGUCUACUCAUCUUCACUGGCUGCAUCUUCAUGAUCUGCAGGCAGCCUCAAACUAGCAAGAAAGUCUCCUUCAUGGUACCUCUCCUACCAUUUUUGCCCAUUCUGAGCAUAUUUGUCAAUAUUUACCUCAUGGUGCAGCUAAGUGGGGAUACAUGGAUACGUUUCUCUGUGUGGAUGGCUGUUGGAUUCCUGAUCUACUUCGGCUAUGGCAUGUGGCACAGUUUGGAGCGUCAGCGACAGCUCAGACAUCCUUCAAACAGGAGCAGUACAACGGAAAAUGAAAAGACCAAUAGGGGGCAGCAGGAUGCAGGGGAAAAAGACCGGGAGCGUUUCAUCUGCCCAGAGAAGACCAGCCAGUGCUAAGGUCUACUUGCUCAAUCACUGAUUCUGUGAGGCCACAGAUGCAUAAAAGCACACAGAAUCUCUGCCUUGAUACACCUCACCUCAGCCACAACAAUGCUCAAGGCAGCAUUAGUAUUCUUUUUUAGCGGCCACAUGAUUUCAGGCCGCUCUGUUACUUCUAUGGAAUCAGAUCCUCUGUCGAGCUCUAUGGACAGUAUGGAGACAGAAUUAAAGGACAGGGAACACUGCAGAGUAAUGUUCAAUGUUACAAUGAAGCAGUACAGAACUGCAUCAGAGUUUUUCUGUCUCAUUAUGGACUUGACUUGUUAGUGCAUGACACACAUUCUGUUAUUUUAUACUUUUUUGAGUGAGCUUGGACAAGUAGUUACCUAAAUGCAAGAAUAAAUCUGUGUAACCCAUUUGAUUAAAGGAGUUUGAUCCAAUUAUGUAUAAAUAAAAGCUGUAACACUUUGCGAAGAAAGUACAUAAUGUAAUUUGAUGUGUGGAAAAGGACCAACAUUAGGUUGAAGAUGUGUUGUCAGUUAUAAAGUUUAAAUGUAUUUUUUAACUGCAGUAAAAGUUUGCAUACUACUUUUAUAUCUUUAACACAGCGGUGUGUGAUACCUGUAUGAAAGGUUCAUGAAGAUUCUGCCACUGUUGAAACACUGUAAGCCAAUGUUUAUUAUACCAAUAGUUUUGAGGGCACUUAGGACCUCAUGACUAGACUUAGAACUGUCCCAGAGACCAGGCCAAGUUUGCAUGAUUCAGGCUUUUGUAGUUUUUAGUCAACAGAUUGUAUCUCCUUUAACUUUCCUGGUGGUUUAUUCAGCACAGGGUAUAUUUUUUAUUUUUGUAUUGUGUGUUUAAUCUCUGAACUGUUGCAUUUCAAACAUGAAAAGGUGUUCUUAGAAAAAAGAUCUCUAUUUAAACAGUAGUUAGAUCUGCCAUUUCUUCACUUUCAAAUAUACUAUGCUGUAUUUGGCCAGUUUAUCUGAUAUUUAGUGAUUUUUUUUGUUGCCGUUGCAAAGAUAUUGCAAAUGGAAUUUUUAUUAAAUUAAUUUCUUGACCAGAGGUCAUCAGAGAUACAAAAAUGGAGUAUUACUGUAUGUAUAAAAUCAUUAUUUGUCAUGGCAUGAACAUGGCAUAUAGUGGCAGAAGGAGUAAGGUAUUUCAUUUUACUUGACCUCCCCACUGAGGGGAGGCAUAUCAUAAAAACCCACUAAUUAAUAUUUAUGCACACAUAUUUAGGAAUUUGGAGUAUACCAACCCAAAAAUGUGAAAAAGACCACACAGUUCAUUGUUUGUGGCCCGCCUUUGUCUGCAGACAUGAAGUCUGAUGGUCUGUUUAGAAAUCUGUUGAGUUUCAUGAGUUAUUAUAACAGUACCUGUCCCUCACUUUCAUUUCAAAAGCCAUGGACACACAGCUGUACUCAUAUCAGCACACCCCAUUGAAGGUUGAGAAACACCAAAGCCAACUGUUCUGUGAAAGCUAGUUUAGAACUAUUUUC